CGAAGCGCGCCCGGUGCGCGGGGAGCGGAGCGCGGGGAGCUGCGGCCCGGGCGGCGAUGAGGAUCUGGAGCUCCGAGCACGUGUUCGGCCACCCGUGGGACACGGUGGCGCAGGCGGCCAUGCGGAAGUAUCCGAAUCCGAUGAACCCGAGCGUGGUGGGCGUGGACGUGCUGGACCGCCACGUGGACGGCCGCGGGCGGCUGCACAGCCUGCGCCUGCUCAGCACCGAGUGGGGGCUGCCCAGCCUGGUGGGAGCGAUUUUGGGGACCAGUAAGACUUUAACGUACAUCCAAGAACAUUCUGUUGUGGACCCAGCGGAAAAGAAAAUGGAACUUUGUUCCACCAAUAUCACGCUCACAAAUUUGGUGUCAGUUAAUGAGAGGCUGGUGUAUACACCUCAUCCGGAGAACCCAGAACUGACUGUGCUCACCCAGGAAGCCAUCAUCACCGUGAAGGGCAUCAGCCUCGGCAACUACUUGGAAAGUCUGAUGGCCAACACAAUAUCAUCCAAUGCGAAGAAGGACUUGGGAGCAAGCUGUGUGGAGGUGAGAGAAGAAAGGAUGGAUCCCAGGAGGCUGGCUGUGGCUCUACGUUUGUGCCUGGGUCACCAGAAUUAUUGUUCGGGGGUUCCAGGAGCCCUUGCCUCCUGCAGAGCUGAUAGGAUGCGCUCAGACAUUUGGAAGGGAAGACGUUGCUUCAGUUCAAAGUGACGCCACUCACCAGAGUAGGGCCUUUCCUGUUCACCUUGUGGGCUCACAUCCUUCCCUGUUGAUCCUCCUCAAUGACUUUCCCUCACUCCUUUUUGGGUCUAGAUAUGAGCCUUCAUUUUCAGGAUCAGUGGGGUGAUGCUGAGGCUAUACUUCCCUUCCCAAUGCCCUUCCAUGCUUAAGUCUCUGCUUAGUGGAAAACCACUCAGGACGUGCACUUCGUCCAAGCCCCGACUGCACAGCCAGCUCACCCACUUGUGUAGAUGAUGCAGUGUGAGAAACACAGGCAGCCUCUGAGUUCAGGGCAUGGCGGGUAGAGCCCUCCUGGUGGAGACGGACUCUUAGUCAUCUUUGCGCUUCCAGCACUUGGCUCAGGGCAGGACCCUAAAGUGUCCUGAGAAUAAGAAUCUAGUUAGUAUAGGAGGAAGGGAAUACUCAGUGAGGCCAAAACCACCUUCGCCGACUUUCAUAAGAGGAAAGCAUGGUGAGCACACCCAAGCCAAAGCGGCUUUCCAUCAUUUCACUUUGUCAGGGGUGGUCGUGUGGAAAGCUUGAGAAUCGCUGCUUCCCCUGGCGACUUGGGGAAUGUUCCCUUGUUCCUGAAAAUAGCUUGGGGGGCCCAAGGCAGGCCAAAAGAUGGGGUGUCACCCUGUGGUUUGGGUGAUUUGAGGGUCAGGGAGGUGCUGGCAGCCUGUCCUGGGGCAGGCAGGCUGGGUGUGCUCAACUGUCGGAGGUGAGAUUGGGAGCAGGGCCACCACACAUGUCCUCCAUGGUGGCCUCCGCGCUUCCCUCUGCAGCCUGACCCCAGGCUGCCUUCAGGGGAGGCAGACAGUCCUGCACCAAAUUGAAAUUUGUUUCUGUAGGGAUGGGCUGCCAUCGAGUGGAUAAUCGAGAAUUCUGAAAGUGCUGUAAGCUAAGGAGGCCGCACCAGCACCUCUGAUAAGCAGCCGUACCUGCGGCCUUCAUUAUCCUGGUAUGGAGUUGCCCCCUUUAUUGACUCUGCCAUGGGGUGUGGUGUCCUGUGGCAUAAUGUGUGAUGUGCCCAUGGUUUGUGGAGUGUUGUGUGCCCUUGGUUUGUGGUGUGUGGAGUGCCUGUGGCGUGUGGAGUGCCCGUGGCCUGUGGCGUGCCUGUGGCCUGUGGAGUGCCCGUGGCCUGUGGCGCCUGGUGCACAUGUUGCGUGGAUGCUUGGAAGGAGCUGCUGCAUGUGGCCUCCAUCCUGUGUUCCCAGUGCCUGCUGUGGUAAGUCAUUAGGACCAUUCUCCUUCCACCUCAUUUCCUGUUUAGUGGUAGGAGCGAUUUCCAGGGGGACUUCGUGGCUAUCCAAGGCAGUGGUGUCUCGGCUGCAGACUGCCUGGUAACUUGUGUCAGUCAGCCUGUCCACAGGCCCAGAGCAGUUCAGAGAGCCUGAAUACCACAGGCUCACCUGGAAGGCUGUGCUGAUGGGGAGAAUUUUUCAUUUUGGGCAGGAUUUGCACACUUUCCUAUGAAGAAUGUUUGUGCUCUUCACUUGUUCACAGUCAGUGCUCAGCCAUGUGGCCACCACUGGCCACUUCCUUUUAAUGGCAAAAGCCACUUCUGGCAUUUCCUUGAGCUUCCCAAACAUUCUGUGGCCUCCUUGGCUACCAGUGGCUGGACCGCCAGACAUGGCCCUGACACCGUGGGGCUGGGAAUAGCUGAGUGUCAUGCUCUUCUUUGCCCAGGGCCCUGCCUCUGCCUGGGGCUCCCUGGCCUUGUGCAGUGCCGUGCUGUCGGCAUGACCAUCUGUCCCCUGUCCACAGCAUGUGCUCACUCAGGCCCCUUGGUCAGCAAUGGUACUAUGCCCCAGGGGUCUUCAGAGACUUCUUGCCAAUGUUGCCCAGGUCAUUAAAUAGCUGAGCUUUGCUGGAGACCUUCACUUUGACUCCGAGGUCUUGGUCUGCUGGGGCCUCAUCCAGAGUGUGCGUGGGGCAUGCCUGCCUGGUGGUGUGUACGCAUGUGAUGGUGUCACCUGAAGUGGGUUGUGGGCUCCUUCGGUUCUGCUUCCUCACAACCAGAGCUAAACUGCCUUCAUCUUUAAUCAGAUAACUCACCAAAAAAAAAAAAAAAAAAAGGAAGAAAGAAGAGAAAAGAAAAAGGAGAAACAGAGAAAGAAAAAGAAAAGGAAACAAGGUAUAAAGAAAAAGAGAGAAAACCAAGUCUGGUUGUGGUUGGCUGACCCAGUCUGGGAGAGGUGGAAUCUGCUGGAACCAGCCAUGAUGUGGUCAGAGCCUCCCCAUGGUGACCUCCCAGGACAUGGUGGCCAGGGCGCAGCUGGAAGCUCUAGUCUGUCCCAGAGCCAGGCAGUGGAAGGAGCUGGGCUGGCAAGGGAAGGGCCAGGCUGGAAAGCCAGCUCAAAGCCAGCGCCUGGGACAUCCUUGCCCCUGUCCAGCCCCUGCGGCCAUUUCUGGGUGGAUUUUUCUGUGCACUCACCUGGCCCCCCUUGGCAGGGGCUCUGGCUCUCUUUUUGCCAGUUCUUGGGUUUGCUAAGUCCCGUCUUUCCUUUCAGAUGAGCCCCCAGCACCUCCCUCCGCUCAGCCCCUUGGCAGGUGUGUCUGCCUUGCCACCCCUGAGCAGCCUGCCCUCUCUGCCCCUUGGGGCCUCUGUGUCCUCGCGUUAUUCACACUCAUCUGCAACCUUGGGGAUGGGGGGUGGGGGGAAGGUGCUUUGCCGGCUGGGCUCACUGUGCAGGGCCCAGGGCCCCCAAAUAUCUUUUCUCGAGAGUAGGUCAGCUUCUCCUGACAAGACUCUUCAGUGUUUUGGAGGAGGGAUGGGGACCUGGGGGUCUAAGUGCCCUUUCUAUAGUCUGUGAAGCAGCCCCCUCCAGCCUGCUUGCCCUGCCCUGCUCCAGGGACCCCCACUCCCACCCCCGGUGUCAUGGGCAGUCCCUGCUGUCCAGCCCAGUGUGCUUGCUGAUGCCUUGGGGUUUCUGGUUUGUGUUCCUGUUUUUCUCUUUUUGAUUUUGUGGGCAUUUCAGGAUAAGGGCAAAGGUCUUUUGUCCACCAUCUGUAAAUCAAAGUUGUUUAAAACAACAUUAAUUUUUUGGCUCCACGCUUGUAGCUCGGUGAGUAGGGCACCAGCUACAUACACCAAGGCUGGUGGGUUCAAGCCCGGCCCGGGUCUGGCUGAGCAACAAUGACAACUGCAACCAAAGUCCCAGCUAUUUGGGAGGCUGAGGAAAGAGAAUCACUUAAGCCCAAGAGUUUGAGGUUGCUGUGAGCUGUGAUGCCACAGCGCUCUACUGAGGGUGACAGAGUGAGACUCUGUCUCAAAACAAUAACAACAACAACAACAAAAACAUUAUUUUUUUUUAAAUAUACAGGCAGCCGAUGUUUAUGGUUAAAGGAACAGGAGUCUGCUGAGGGUAAAGGCCUCACCUCCCUCUGCCGGCCCCCUUUUUUACAAAGCCUUUCAGAACUUCUCUUUGUACUUGAAAGUAUGUGUGUGGUGUUUUCUUUUCUUUUACUGAACACAGAGAGGAUCUGUUUUGUGUCUUUUUUUUACUUUUAAGCAGAAAAGUCCCUCUUGAGGAUUAUCUGUUUGGUGCCUAAUUCUUAAUUUGGAAGGCAGUGAAGGCUCCUGCUGCUGACCCUGGACGUGCUCACUGCUGCCCCUGUGGGGCGAUGGUCCGGGUGGGACCCCAUGGGUGAGCCUCUCAGGCACAUGUCUCACUGUACGCCGCCUGCAGCAUGUUCUGUAGCAGCAGCUCCCUGAUGCGGGAGGUUGGUCUGACACCCAGGCAGCCUCCUGUGACCCUCUGCAGUGGCUAUGUUAAAAUGUGUUUUUGGAGGACAUCUAUCUACAUUUGUUAGGGCAAGGACAGUUGUCAGUGUCAGUGACCAGCCACUUCACUGGUGAGCAGUAGGUGUUUUAUUCUUUUUAUGCUUUCCGUUACAAAUAAAAAUUUUUUUUUCUUGAGGUAAUCAGUCAAUAAACUAAAGAAGCAGUAGUAAUUAUUUCCAGCAUUUGUUUAGUGUAAAGUUGUUUGGCUUUGUAACUUCUGGUUUGGUUGCAAAUUGAUUCAGUGUUCAUACAGCUCUUUCUAUUGCUAAUUCACAAAAGCAGAUGUUGUAUGACAAAGUGUCAUGAAAGCAGUUUAACGUUGAUUUCUAAUUUGAGAAAAGUCUACAGUUCAACUUUAAGGACAGAGAAUUGUUUCAUCAUCUUUGAACACUGCUGUCACGUCCAUGUUCGGGGCAUCCCUGCGCUUGGAAGAGAAAUCUGCCAGGGCGGUCUCAUGUCUUGGGACGUGCAGGGGCAGAGGUUCUAGGACUGAAGGCCACGUCAGGAUGAGAAGGGCCUGCUUUCUGCAGUCACCCCCUUCUCUCUACAUCCCAGCAGGAAAUAUGAAUACACUGUGGGAACAAAGAAAUGCUAGGGCACUGCCUGCUGCCCCUUGGGAUGGGGGGCCUGUCCCUACAGUGGGAUCUGCAGAUACGGUGCAAGCAACUGGUGUUGCGAGACAGCAGGUGCAAGGGCUGUGACCUGUGUGUUCAUCUUUCCAGUGCUGUUGAUGUUUGUUGACGCCAACACAAACAUGCGGAGACUAAAUGUCACUAUUUGAGAUAAACAGGUUGUGGUGUGGUUUCCUUUCUGGAGAGGAUGUGCACUCAGAUCAUGAGACCUAAGAUAAAACAAAGUAUUUUUAAUAUAGUCAACUCAUCUGAGGUUUUCUUUUUGAGAGGUAGACUUAAGUUUAUUUGUUAUUCUUUCUUAAAAGAUGACGUCAUGCUCUGUUGCCAGCCAUCAGUAAAACGCAGUUUGCCUUUGCCUUGAGUUUCAAAUAAAUGCAACCCAUUUUUCACUUUCUCUUGCUUUCAUGUAAUGUUCAUUCUCAGGUUUGUCAUCGACACAGAGCAGUCAUGCUUAGAAGGUGCUGAUCAUUCCACGCUUCUCUGCAGCAGAAGAGCUGCCCUGGGUUACACAAAGAUGCUGGGUUACUCAGCAUCUGAUCACCGUGAGCUCAGGUUCAGAUGUAGUCAUGGGUUGGUACCUGUGUAGGGUUGGUCGUUUUGUUUCAAUAUCUUGACUCUCUCUCCUCAUUAAAAGUGACCUUAAAGACCACCUCACCUAACGCCCGUGCUCUGAAACUGAAGAAUUCAACCGGUAAACGUUCAGAGUGUUCACAAAGAGAGGCAGCUGCUUUACUCCCACCCUAGAGCACAGUUUCCCUAGAACUAUUUCAGGUAAUGGAAAACCAGGUAUUGCUGAGGAAGACUACCUUGACUAAUUACAUACUAGUUUUUUCAACUAUCAGAACCAAGAGUCCUGAAAGCCCUUUGCAGUGAACAGAGGAGCCUGGCUCCUGCUGGGGACGCCUUCACCAGCACUGCCCCAAGGAAUGUCUAGUGUAACAACCAGAGCACUCAGCCCAAGUUGACAACCUGUGCAUCUGACUUGGGAGCGCUCCUGAUUGUGGCAGGAAAACCCUAGCUUUUUAUCUCAAGCUGUGUCCCCUGGUUGGUGGACAAGUUGAGUUCUUAGGUUUCUCUUCCCUUUGGGAUGUGUGAGACCAAUGACCCAUCACUUUCACAGAAGGUGCUUUCUGUUUUCUGUUGACCAAUUCAGAGUCCACACUGCAGAAGCUGCAUCAGACCCGUCUGUUCCUCACUGCUCUCACAUGCUGCCCCUGCUGUUACAGGAUGCCUGCUUGGGAACCUGAUGAAGGGAUUCAUCUUCAGCAACUCUGCUCUCCUAAGAACUGCUGCUUCGGGGUAUUGAGAUGUGAGGUUCUCUGCUGUCAUCCUGGAGCCCAGGGCUGGAGGCAGGUCAGGGACAAGACACCGUUGCUAUAACUGUGCUGUCAGAAGGGAACGCUGAGGCACAGGAGUACACACAGAAGGCACAGACUUGGGGACCAGCUUGCUCAAGCCAGCGCCAUGCUCCCUGCUCCUAAGGGAGGGGGCCUCUCCUCCGUCCAGGGAUGACCUGUCUCACACAGCAGCUGGGUCAGCAUCUGGUCCUCUUGGUGCCAAAAGAAAUCUGAAGCCUGACUUGUGUCACACAUGUAGAUGCUUCAGCUCGAGCCCCAAGGUCAUAAACUUACCCAAGUCCUGCUUUUCAAGAGCAUUGUCCUAUCAGCUCUCUGGCUGCUCUGCUUCUUAUGGGCGCCAAUGUGUCACAGCAUCAGGGUAGAGCUGCACGUUUGCACACACACUCUUCUAAACAUAUAUUUUAAUGGAAUAGGCCAGAGAAGUAGUGCAAAUUCCACCAGGCAGCUGCAUCUGAACGUUUGAUUAGUGAAGGCAGUUUUAUAUUCAACUAUCUUAGUGGGCAAAGGGAUAUGUUUCUAGGUAUGCACCUUGGUCAACAUGAGAGAAGGCCCACACCCUUCAGUGGCAUAAUUAAUUUGUGUGUGGUGUGCACACACUCACUUUCUGCAGAGAGAUCAGAACUGGAGUCUUCAAACAGGGUUACCUAAAGUAAUUUCUUACUGUAUACGAAUUUAUGACUUGGACUUAGAAAGUCACCACGCUUUUGGAUAAUAAGCUGGCUGUACACACAGAGGUGUCUUACCUUCCACACAUCCCACAGAAACAUCAGUGAAUGGGGCUCCUACAAAAUGGCAACUGGGGGACAGCUUGUGGGGAGCUCGUAUGAUAUCAUGUUUAAGAUGUUUCCAGGGUCAAUGCUACAUCUACCUUAGUUCACAUAAAAUCAUCAAGAAUAUUCCUUGGCUCACAUUUUAGGAGUAUGCCCCUGAGGAACUUUAUUUAAAAAGUAGAUAUAAAGGCUUCACCUCAAACUCAUCCAUUUGUAUGCAGGCUUACUAUAGAGACACUGCAAGUUUGGUUCCAGACCACUGCAACCUCCCCAAUACUGCAGUAAAAUGAGUCACACAAUUUUUUUGUUUUCCCUGUGAAUCUAAAGGUUUACAUAUACUCUACAAAGCAUGCAAUAGCACCAUGUCUGAAAGAACCACGCACUUUAAUACUUCAUCACUUGCAAAAUAUUAAUCAUCUGAGUUUCAGCAACGUGUAAUUUUUUUUUUUUUCCUGCAGUUUUGUCUGGGGCUGGGUUUGAACCCACCACCUCCGGCAUAUAGGGCUGGUGCCCUACCCCUUUGAGCCACAGGCACCGCCCAACUGGUAAUCUUUUUGUUGCUGGAGGGUCUUUCCUUGAUGCUGCUGACAGGACAGUGGUGGCUGAGGGCUGGAGUGGCUGACAGGACAGGGUGGCUGAGGG